AUGGCGACAUAUAAGCUUCCGGAUCUACAAGCCGAUCAAACAUCAUCCAGCACUAUAUAUCUUUUUGGCGAUACAAGGGUUCCAAACAAUGAACUCAAUGUGAUCCAGGCUGGUUGGCAUAUGUCAACAUCCUUGUACAAUUCUAGUUAUCCUCGAUUUUUUACUUAUUUGACUAGCGAUGGGUAUGAGACAGGAUGUAUAAAUUUGCAAUGUGGUACUGCUGGUUUUGUUAGCACCACUAAUAUUUAUGGACCUGGAAGUUUUAUUCAGCAAUUUUCUACUUAUGGCGGUGAACAGAAAUAUAUAUCCAUACUAAUCAGUAGGGAUAAUAAUACAGGGAAUUGGUGGGUUACAUAUAAUGAUGAGCUACCACUUGGGUAUUUCCCUAAGGAAUUGGUUCCAAAGAUGGAUGAUUAUGCAGAUGCAAUGCAAAUGGGUGGGCAUGUUUACUCUCCCUCGAAUGUGCCUAGUCCUCCGAUGGGUAGUGGUCAUCCAAGUAAUGAAGGACGUAAUAAAGCCGCUUAUUUCAUUCAAGUUCAGUUUGUGGAUGAAUCGAAUAACUUGUUCGCUUUGAAUGAAAAUUAUAUUGAAGCUAAAGUUGAUAUCGGUGAUUAUUAUAGCAUAUCGGAUAAUCAUUAUGUAGAUGAUAAAGAUAAAUAUGUUUUUGCUUAUGGAGGAGCUGGAGGCUUCAAAUAA